AUGUCUACCCAACCCCCUUCUCACUACUCCUCCCACCCAAUGGAUCCCCCCUCAAUGUCCGGUGCCCUCCCCUCCCCUUCCGCCCAAUACGGCCCUCCUCCCGGGCCUCCUCCCCCGGGCCCCCAACGUCCCCCCUCCGAAGCCCAAAUGCUCGGCCCCGCCGGCCUCGAACAACUCUCCUCCCACCCCUCCGACCUUCCGCCGCGUCCGCCCCGCGACGACCGAUACCAAACCACCGAUCCGUUCCGCCCGCAGAGAGUAUACAGCGAUCCAGGGCCGCUCGCGCCGGCUCCUUCUAUGACGCCCAUGCUCUCGGCGACGACGCAGGACAUCGCCACCAUCCGCGCCAAUACGCAAUACGGGCUCAAGGAGUUCGUCGAACUAGUCAAGAGGCGCCAGAAUGCGCCGCCAGGGAGCACGGUUAGCUCGGAUAUCGACGCUAAGCUUCGCGCUUCGGGGGGCUUGUUAGUGAAGGAUCUGAGGGCUUUGAGGAUUGAGCUCCGGGAGGUUGUGAAGUCGAAGGAGAGUCAUCGGUGGAGGCGCUGGCUUGUCGGCGGUGCCAUGGCCACAUUCUUCCCCGCCGUAAAAGCCAUCCUCCGCAUCGUCACCCCCUCCUCCACCUCCACCUCCCUCACCACCACCACCGCCAGCACCGCCACGUACUCCCCUUCCUCUCAACAACACUACCACUACGACCUCGAACACGCCUCCAACGACACAGAAUACGCCUUCCACCGGAGCAAAACCCUCCUCCAGCGUAUCCGAUCCUCGGUGUUGGGCCGCGGUGGCGUGGCCGCUUCCUUCGCCUUCUUCGUCUUCGCGGCUCUGUACGUUUUCCAGAACGAGGUGGCGCUGAGGGUGGCCAAGACGCUUUCGAGGAGGGUCAAGAAGUUGCUGAAUAAGGUGGAGGAUGGAGGAUUUGAGGUUGAUGAGAAGGAUUUGAAGACUUUGGAGGGGUGGAGGUGGAGGGUUUUGUUGUGGGGGAGUCUGAAACACGGCCAGAUCGACUUCAACGAUCCCCGGUCCGUCGUCCAGCUCACAAAGACUUUACUCAAGUCCGAUUUUAGACUGAAGAUCGAGUUACCGCCCGAUAGGCUGUGUCCGCCUGUCCCCAAUCGACACAACUACAUCCUCUGGCUCAAAGACCUCCUCGACACGACAUCCUACCAAGAUCCAAAGGAUCAAUCCAUUCGCGGUCUCGACAUCGGCACUGGCGCAAGUUGCAUCUACCCCCUCCUAGCCUGCACGCAAAGACCCUGGACCUUUGUCGCAACCGACAUCGACGAAAAAAGCCUCUCCUACGCGGCCAAAAACAUCAAAACCAACUCACUAGAUUCCAAAAUUACCCUCCUCAGCCGCACCCCGACAGACCCCCUCAUCCCUCCCACAGCCCUCCCCCUAACCUUCACUAUGACAAAUCCCCCCUUCUACACCUCCGCCGCCGAGCUCUCAUCCCUCGCCCAGAAAAAGUCCCGCCCCCCGCACACGGCCUGCACGGGAUCACCCUCCGAGAUGGUCGCCGCGGGAGGCGAAGUAGCCUUCGUCAAACGCAUCUUCGACGAGUCCCUCUUGCUGAGGGAACAGGUACGGUGGUACACGGCCAUGUUAGGGAAGCAUUCCAGCGUAGAGGUCGUCGUGGACAUGCUGAGGGGGAAGGGGGUGGACAAUUAUGCCGUUACGGAGUUUGUGCAGGGGUCGAAGACGAGGAGGUGGGCCGUGGGGUGGAGUUUUGGAUCUAUGAGGCCUGAUGAGGGGGUGUGUAGGGGGAUGAGCGAGCCUGCGUGGUGUAAGGUGUUGCCACCGAGCGUGGUCCAUGAGGUUUUGGCGGCAAAAGUGGGUGAGGUAGAUAUUGGGAAGCUUGCCGACGCGGUGAGGGAACUCGGAAGCGGGCUAGAGUUGAUGUCCUGGGCCUGGGACGAGAAGGAGCUCGCGGGGCUAGGGAGGGCGAGGCAGAAUGUUUGGAGUAGAGCGUGGAGGAGGAAGAAGAUGCGUGCGGAGAAGGGAGACACGGGUGUUGAUGUUCGGACGAAGCUCUCUGCUGAAGGGAAGGAGGAGGGGAAUGUUUGUGCCAUUGGCUUUAGGAUAUGGGUCAUUGCGGGGAGGGAGGACGUCAAGAUUAUGUGUAGGUGGGUGGAGGGACAUGAUGUUUCGUUGCUUGAGAGCCUCUUGGGCUUUUUGAGGACGAGAUUGAGCGCGAUGGCCAAGUAA